UUAUUUCCGUAUGACUGGUGCACGUUAAGCAGGACGCAACACAAGUUUCGCUAGUAAAUCCGUGCAUCUUCUAUCGGAGCAUGGCUCUGUAAACUUCUGGUUGUGAUUGCUGAAGAAACAGAAAAAAAGUGCUUUAAUGUGGACAAAAUUAGAAGUUGAGUCAAUGUAAAUAGUGACAUUUCGCGAUUUAGUUUUUUCCCCAAGAAAACUUGGAGUAUUAAAUAUGAAGAUGUCAGAAGAGACAACCUUGAGCCACUUGUUUUAAAAUUGAGCAGUGCACAUCAGAGCGCAAAUCUUGUUAAGCAAUUGACCUGCAAGUCUUUGGUGUUUCUAAAGAGCAUGUUGCCGAAUCAGUCUCUCUGUUACAUUGUCUGGUUAAACCGUGGGAUCAAGCUGAGGAAAGUACUUUUUUUCACAAACACAGGCCAGCUCUGACUUCCAACAAUCAAGAGUUCAGCCAUGCUUCUUAGUUGAAGGUGAAAGUAACUUCGUAGGGUUGCCAUUACAAUAAACACUGUCACCACGUUCAGCCCGUCUCCGGUCAGCGUGUGUGUGGUACUUGGACGUCUUUGCACAUGGCUGUAGAAGGUUUCCAAUUUCGAGCGCUGUAUGUCUACAACAGAGAUUUGGAGGAGGACCUUGACCUCCAGCCUGGGGACAUACUGACCGUCAGCAAGGCGUCACUGGCGUCCCUUGGGCUUAAGGAUGGGGACGAGGAGCACCCGGCACGCAUGGGAUGGAUUGUGGGUAUUAACGAGCGCACCAAGCAGAGGGGAGACUUUCCUGGGACUUAUGUUCAGUAUGUGGGAACUGUGAAGAUGUUUGUGAUGCCCAACCAGCCCAGGCAGCAGAGACCCCUCCCUGCAGUACCCAGGCCACAGCCUCCGCCAUCGCAGCAAGGGACAUCCACUUUGAGGGACUUUUUCCUGCCGUUUUCUUCCCUAGAAAACAUUCCCCCCACUUUGGUGAAGUUGGUAGAGGCUAUUGAGAGAAAAGGUCUGGAGGGUGAGACGCUGUAUAGGACAUCUGGCUCCUCGGCUGCUGGCGGUCAGAGACCAAGCCUGAAUCUUGAUCUUCCUGAGUCUGAGAUGGGCCAGCACGAUGUCCGGGGUCUCACUGAGGCCCUGCUGGGAUUCCUGCGGGACCUUCCCUCUCCUGUCAUCCCAGAGUCCGUCUAUCCCAGCCUGAGGAGCGCCCUAAACGAGGGAGCAGAGCUGUCUGUCGAGGACUCGGGCAGGCGUCUGCUGAAGGAGCUGGUGCCCCCAGCCGUACCUGCAGCGAGCCUGCUUACCCUGCAGUACCUGCUCCGACACCUGGACCGGGUCGCCCAGAGAGCCGAGUGCAAUGGCCUGGACCCGGCCUCCCUUUCACUCCUUUUCACCCCUCUGCUGUUCAGCGCUGGGUCAGAAGAAGAUCAUCUGUUUUCUGUGCAGGUGCUGGAGAGACUGCUGGUGGCCAGGGCCUGGGAGCUGGAACAAAUGCCACCAGCCCUACCUCCUAAGCCUUCCAAAACCAAAGCCGUGGCAUCGUCUGUCAUCAGUGGAGAUGGUGGCAAGAUGGCUGAUGCAGAGUGGUACUGGGGAGACAUUUCCAGAGAGGAGGUGAAUGAGAAGAUGAGGGACACUCCGGAUGGCACAUUCUUGGUCAGAGACGCCUCAAGCAAGGUUCAAGGCGAAUACACAUUAACUCUCAGGAAAGGGGGAAACAACAAGCUGAUCAAGAUCUUCCACCGAGGCGGCAAGUAUGGGUUCUCUGAGCCGUUGACCUUUUCUUCUGUGGUGGAGCUCAUCCUGCAUUAUCACCACGAGUCGCUGGCCCAAUACAACCCCAAGCUGGACUCACGGCUACUGUAUCCUGUGUCCAAAUUUCAGCAGGAUCAGAUGGUGAAAGAGGACAACGUGGAAGCAGUGGGGGAGCAGCUGAAGGUGUAUCACGAGCAGUACCAGGAAAAGAGCCAGGCAUACGACAUCCUGUAUGAGGAGUACACUCGCACCUCCCAGGUACACAUCAAACAUGAGGAGUACACUCGCACCUCCCAGGUACACAUCAAACAUGAGGAGUACACUCGCACCUCCCAGGUACACAUCAAACAUGAGGAGUACACUCGCACCUCCCAGGUACACAUCAAACAUGAGGAGUACACUCGCACCUCCCAGGUACACAUCAAACAUGAGGAGUACACUCGCACCUCCCAGGUACACAUCAAACAUGAGGAGUACACUCGCACCUCCCAGGUACACAUCAAACAUGAGGAGUACACUCGCACCUCCCAGGUACACAUCAAACAUGAGGAGUACACUCGCACCUCCCAGGUACACAUCAAACAUGAGGAGUACACUCGCACCUCCCAGGUACACAUCAAACAUGAGGAGUACACUCGCACCUCCCAGGUACACAUCAAACAUGAGGAGUACACUCGCACCUCCCAGGUACACAUCAAACAUGAGGAGUACACUCGCACCUCCCAGGUACACAUCAAACAUGAGGAGUACACUCGCACCUCCCAGGUACACAUCAAACAUGAGGAGUACACUCGCACCUCCCAGGUACACAUCAAACAUGAGGAGUACACUCGCACCUCCCAGGUACACAUCAAACAUGAGGAGUACACUCGCACCUCCCAGGUACACAUCAAACAUGAGGAGUACACUCGCACCUCCCAGGUACACAUCAAACAUGAGGAGUACACUCGCACCUCCCAGGUACACAUCAAACAUGAGGAGUACACUCGCACCUCCCAGGUACACAUCAAACAUGAGGAGUACACUCGCACCUCCCAGGUACACAUCAAACAUGAGGAGUACACUCGCACCUCCCAGGUACACAUCAAACAUGAGGAGUACACUCGCACCUCCCAGGUACACAUCAAACAUGAGGAGUACACUCGCACCUCCCAGGUACACAUCAAACAUGAGGAGUACACUCGCACCUCCCAGGUACACAUCAAACAUGAGGAGUACACUCGCACCUCCCAGGUACACAUCAAACAUGAGGAGUACACUCGCACCUCCCAGGUACACAUCAAACAUCAGGAGUACACUCGCACCUCCCAGGUACACAUCAAACAUGAGGAGUACACUCGCACCUCCCAGGUACACAUCAAACAUGAGGAGUACACUCGCACCUCCCAGGUACACAUCAAACAUGAGGAGUACACUCGCACCUCCCAGGUACACAUCAAACAUGAGGAGUACACUCGCACCUCCCAGGUACACAUCAAACAUGAGGAGUACACUCGCACCUCCCAGGUACACAUCAAACAUGAGGAGUACACUCGCACCUCCCAGGUACACAUCAAACAUGAGGAGUACACUCGCACCUCCCAGGUACACAUCAAACAUGAGGAGUACACUCGCACCUCCCAGGAGCUACAGAUGAAACGCACGGCCAUCGAGGCCUUCAACGAGACAAUCAAGAUUUUCGAGGAGCAGUGCCAAACCCAGGAGCGCUACAGCAAGGAGUACAUGGAGAAGUUCCAGCGGGAGGGCAACAGCAAAGAGAUGGAGAGAAUCCAAAGUAAUUCAAAUAAGCUGAAGUCUCGGGUGACUGAGAUCCAUGACAGCAAGAGGAGGCUGGAGCAGGACCUGAAGGAGGAGGCGGCGGACAACCGAGAGAUCGACAAGAAGAUGAACAGCCUGAAGCCGGACCUCAUGCAGCUGAGGAAGACCCGGGACCAGUACCUGGUGUGGCUCAAUCAGAAGGGAACCCGACAAAGAAAGAUUAACGAGUGGCUGGGGAUCAAGAACGACAUUGAAGACGUCUAUUCUCUGGUGGACGAGGAGGAAGAUCUGCCGCACCACGACGAGCGUACUUGGUACGUGGGCAACAUUAAACGUGGACAAGCCGAGGAGCUGUUGAGGGGCAAGGACGAUGGCACCUUCCUGAUCCGAGACAGCCAAUCCCAGAAGGGCUCCUACGCUUGCUCUGUGGUUGUGGACAGGGACAUAAAGCACUGUGUGAUCUUCAAGACCUCCACGGGCUACGGGUUUGCAGAGCCUUACAACCUGUACGCCUCCCUCAGGGAGCUGGUGCUCCAUUACAGACACACCUCCCUGGUCCAGCACAACGACUCACUGAACGUUACCCUAGCGUUUCCUGUCCUGACCCAGCAGCAGACCAGAUGAGCAGCCGCGUCACCUGACCGGGUCAAAAGGAAAUGCAGACAACCAUGUAGACCACAACAUUGAGUGUACAGUUAGAGAAACUGUCCAGUGUGACCAGAUGUUCUUGGAAAUAUGACUUACGAUUCAUUACAAUGUGAGUGAAGUAGUUUUCUCUCCAAAUGUUCUUUAUUAAGUUUGUUAAAAAGCGGAGUUGUAGUGAUGAUGGCGUACUGCCAACUACAGAAUGAUGUGGGCGUACUGCCAACUACAGAAUGAUGUGGGCGUACUGCCAACUACAGAAUGGUUAGGGUUAGCGGUAACAGAACCUGAUUCGGUGAGCCGCUGAUAGGUUAGCUCAUCUUUCCCAGGAGGAUGACAUCAUAUCAUGAUGAAGAAAAAAAAUCUAAAGAAAUACCAAGUAUUUUGUUAAAUGGUCUCUUUGAGGUUAAAGUUUGAGGUGGGUUUAAUGAAUCUUUUUGUGAAGUUAACACUUAGUAUUUGUGUAAACAGUAUAUUAACUUUUAAAUGUUGUCUUUACGCAUGGAAGGGCUUGGUUAAAGGAUUUAACAUGCGAGGCACAGAAAACAUUAAGACUGAGCAUCCUUUUUCUGUUAUCUCAGCUUAGCUCAUAUUGUCCACGGCUGGGCGACUGGAGAGAUCUGGAAAGCGUUCUUGGCUGUAGAACAUUUUACCAGUGUUUAACUUAAAGCAUUUUUGUUUUUCUUUUUACAAAAGUUGGAGGUUGAUUACUUUGGAGCCUUGGAUGGCCACUGUUCUAGCUUGAGGACCAAGCUCACUGUGAGAGACAGUGUUAUGCCAUGUGAGCUGGUUCUGCGGUCCUUCAUUGUGGAGAACUUAGUGGUGAACGUGCCUUCUGUUUUAAUCCUCUGUCUUCCCUGCUGUCUCUGUAGAUCAGAGACUACAUGAAGGCCUUGCCGCAAAUUUUUUGUAUCACGCACAGCGUAGAACUGGAAGUCUGAAAUGGACCUUGGAUUGCCUUAAAGAGCAAGGGUGGGCAGCUCCCUCAGAGUUUUACCUUGCGCCAAUGCUACUGACUGCUCAGUGGGCACAUCUGAUUUCCCAGGAGUAAUUUGGUGGCUGAAUUAAAGGAAAGGUUGUGAAUGGCAGUAGACUCUCUAAGCAUGUCCCUGCAUUAGUCGGUGUGUGGUGAGUAUGUUGUAGCUUUCCCAUUCCUUACAUGUAAAGUGAAUAGCUCUUUUGAUGCUUACAGUUCAGAAACCUAAUUAUUGUUGCCUUUCUCUCCACACAACGCACUCCACUACAUUGUGACAUUGGUGUGUGACCGAGUUAUUUUUCCAAAUCAUCAAGGUGUACUUAGCCUUAUUUCAAGAUUUAAGUGGAUCCUACAUGACUCACUUCAUGAAUGCACUUCUUUUCCAGGACACAAGCUUCACAACUUGUACUGUAAUACACAAUGCAGUCAUGUGAAAAAGUACAACCCCAGGAUUAUUAUUAUUUUUUUAUGUACAUAUUUGCACAUUUGGAUAUGUAAUCGCUAUUGACAAUUGUCAGUGAAAGAUUAUAUACUAACUCGGUCAUUCCAUACAUUUUCAUUUUCUUCUGUUUGAGCCAUUCUGUUGCAUGUGUUUUCGGUCGUCCUGUUGGAAGAUCCCUGUUCUGUUCACCUUCAGCUUUCUGACAGAUGGCCUCACAUUCUCCUCAAGAAUCCUCUGGUACAAUAUGGAAUUCAUUCUUGACUCAUUGAUUGCAAGUUGACCAGGCCCGGAGGCUGCAGCCCCAAACCUUAAUGACAACAUCUCCAUGCAUUACUGUUGGAAUGACAUUCUUCUGAGGUGGUCCUUGAGGUGGCAAGGCAGUCUUGUUUUUGCCAAACGUGGUUUCUGGCGUUGCGGCCAAACAUCUCCACCAAUUGACUCGUCUGUCCAGAGCACAUUGUUCCAGUGCUUCACCCAAUAUCAGUCAUGUCUUGAUAUUACUUUUUUGAGAGCAGAAUGUUCUUCCUUCCUGACCUCCAGGUUUGUGAAGUGUCGUUCUGAGAAUUGGCUCGUGCUCUUCGACAUUGGUUGUGGCAGGACAGGUCUGAGGAUCCCUUGACCUCAUCACUGAGUUUUGGGGGAUUUCUACAAGCAUCUUUCUGUCGGCUCUUGGGCUGAAUUUAGAUUGCUGGUGGUCUGGAAUUUUCUUUAUUUGUACACGAUCCAACAUUGGAAUGAUGUACUUUGGAUUUCUUGGAAAUGGCGGUGUAAACCCUCUCAGACGCAUCAGCAUCAGUAUUUAUUUUCUGUGGUCCGCUGGUCUUUUGAUCUUGGCAUGAUGUGUUAUCAUAUUCCCAUGUGGUUAAGGCCAAACCAGAUCAGGUGUUUAAUCUUAUGGAAGACUGGACCCUCCCAAGUUACUCUAAUCAUUUUCAGGUCAUUUGCACAUGAUUCAAAUUUUAGUCCUUUUAUUUUAUGGUAAAGGUGUACUAACGUUUUCCAUGUAGGGAAAUUGCAUUUCAGUUCAUUUAAAUUUUGAGUAAAUGGUUUCAAAGUUGUUCUGUUUGAUUUCUAAAAUUGGGUUGCCUUUUUUCAAUGAAUAUGGUUAGAUUUAGAUCAAAUAUCCAUGUGUCAAAAUAUGUAUAGAAAAAAGCCAGCGCUUCAGGAGUUGUCCUUGCUUUGUCACAUGACUGUAUAUUCUUGUUAAACCUGAAACAAACUUUGAUUAGUGGUAUGCAGCAAUUUAGUAGAUCUACAGCUUGUUGCCUCUUAGUCAACCUCAAUUUAGGCUCACAAUGAAUCAGUCAGUGAGCCAUUUUAAAAUGUUUGAACCAGGCAUUUUAUAGUAAUUGUAGUAUCUAGGAGUGUUAGGUUUCCCCCAAACGUAAUGGUGGAUUUCAUCCAACGUAAGGGACACCAGCAGUCAUACAUCAUCAGAUUCAGCCCACAGCUGGCAAUCUAAGUGGUUAGGUUGCCAAGUUUGUCAGAAUUGGUGAAAAUCCAUUUCAUAGCUGUCAGCAAUGUUCAUUUUGUUUUUGUUCAUAUGGUACUUUUGUUUCCUAUGUUUAUCUGGUUGUUAGGAGUAAAGUGUCCCUUCAGAUGAGAGUGUCAUUGCCAGUGGACUGUUAACUGAACAGCCCUGCUCAGAUCGGUUGACCUUCAAGUCAAAGGAUCUAUGAAAACUGUGACAGUGGGGUUUCUUGGCUUAUGAUAGAGACAAAGAGAGCAAACGUAUGUUGAUCGGUGUUUGUUUUCAAAUUGCACUUGGUGGUUCUGCAUGCAGUGUAAGACUGCCCCAAAAUGACCAAAGCCAGGUGUAGACAGUCUUUUCACAUUCAGCCCGGCUCCGAGGAAUUGUUACAUGCAGUAUUUCCCCUGCCCUCCCUUCAGUGAGCUUGGGUCUAUAUUGGAGAUUAUGACAAGGCUAUGCUGGAUUCUGGUCUCUCAAACCGUUUUGUCAGCGUGCACAAGAUAAAAUGACAACCUCUUCUCGUGGGUUAAUGGCUUCCGAGAGGGUCAAAAUGACAGGGUUGAGUAGUAGUAUGCCAAUGUUUAAACCCGCCACUGUAAAUGCACUGUAGCUAAUUUUUCAGGGGUUGUGUUGAGAUUUUACUUGAACAGGCUUGUUUACAGAGGUCAGAAACACUACUCCUAAUGGACAGAUAUCUCUUCAGGCCUGUUUCAGUGCUCAAUUUAAAAUGGGCUUCAUGAAAGGCUGUUAGGCCUGUCUGUUUUUCAGUGUGUUCUUAUGUGUUGAUAACCUAGGUAGAUCUAAUGAAAUAAGCUGGUGUGAAUGUUUUGUGAUGUACCUUCACAUUUACACUGUAGACCAAUUUAAAUGCAACAUUAAUGUUGGUAUUAUGUUUCAUAAGCUGAAAAAAAAGAUCCCAGACAUUUUCCAUAUGCCUGACAAUUUGUUACCUUCGAUUCACAUUUUUCCUAAAACGACUGUUUUGAUUUCCUGAUAUCUGUUUAUGAACUGCAACACUAAAAUCUUCUAAGUUGUUGCAUGUUUUGCUGAAUUUUUUUGUUCAAUGUGUUUUUCAUGUGUUUACAGUCUCUAAAUAACCAAUUAGAUCAGUCUCUUCAAAGGGGUUAUCUAGAACAAAACUACCCUUCUGUUUGUAUUACAAUUUUUCAAGUUUUAAGACCACUUGGUUUUUAGAUUUUGUAUUUGGGAAACUGUGCUCCCAUGAAAUAAUGUACGUGUGGUAUCUGCUGCCGUUUUAAAGAUUCUGUGUGUAACAAUCUAUCCAACAUUGUUGACAUAGGUUGGAGAUAGCUAAACAUUAGGAAAAUAAAAAUUUACAUUACUAAUAAAAAGCAAGAUGCACUUUUAAAUUGACAGUAAAACAACGUUGGUCUGUAAAAUGGUUAUUACUUGACAAACAAUAUUAUACUUCCAUAUGUUGUAUUUGUCACAGACUGAUAGUUUUCUGUGGUACUAAAGUUAAAUAAAAAAUAUUA